AGUCCUCUUAAAAACCCCUUAUAAAAACACCCCCAAACAUACCUACCGUUUCUCAGCAGGUGCAAGUAAGAACCGUACUCCUUCAACCCACUGCAUCUGCUUCUCCUAUCAUCUCUGUUUCAAGAUGCCGUCUUCCAAAUCGAUAGAAGAUGAGCUUUUCCCAUCCACACCAGGGAAGGUUAAGAUCGAACGGUCCCAUGCUUUCCAUCGUCAAUUCCACCGGUGCUUCGCGUCCACGAGCACUAUGUUCCUGUGGGCUCUUUUUCUGAUAGCACUCACGGCUUCCUACCUCAGCUUCCAAAGCUUCGUCGACAGCGGUAGCAAGUACUUCACCGCAUCCUGGGGCGGGAUCCAGUGGGAGAAGCAGGUCCGUUCAAGCGCCGAGAUCAAACGGCCAAAUGGCAUGGCGGUGCUGGUGACGGGCGCGGCCGGGUUCGUCGGCAGCCACGUCUCGCUCGCGCUGAAGAAGCGCGGCGAUGGUGUCGUCGGCAUCGAUAAUUUCAAUAACUACUACGACCCGUCGCUGAAGAGAUCGCGCAAUUCGCUUCUGAAUUCCCACUCUAUCUUCGUCGUUGAGGGAGACGUCGAUGACGGCCACCUCCUCUCCAAGCUCUUCGACACCGUCGCUUUCACUCACGUCAUGCACCUCGCCGCCCAGGCCGGCGUCCGUUACGCCAUGGAGAAUCCCUCUUCCUACGUCCACAGCAACAUCGCUGCUCUCGUAACGCUCCUUGAAACCUGCAAAUCGGCAAAUCCGCAGCCGUCGAUCGUCUGGGCAUCGUCCAGCUCCGUCUACGGCCUCAACGAGAAGGUCCCCUUCUCCGAAGCAGACCGCACCGAUCAGCCGGCGAGCCUCUACGCCGCGACGAAGAAAGCAGGGGAAGAGAUCACUCACACAUACAACCACAUCUACGGCCUUUCAAUCACAGGUCUGAGAUUCUUCACCGUCUACGGCCCGUGGGGCCGCCCCGACAUGGCCUACUUCUCAUUCACCAGGAACAUCCUGCAAGGAAAGCCGAUUACAAUCUACCGCGGCAAGAAUCACGUCGAUCUGGCGAGGGAUUUCACCUACAUUGAUGAUAUCGUGAAAGGAUGUUUGGGAUCGCUCGAUACUUCAGGGAAGAGCACGGGGACCGGCGGCAAGAAGCGGGGCCCAGCACCGUAUCGGAUAUUCAAUCUCGGCAAUACAUCGCCGGUGACAGUCCCGACGCUGGUGGGGAUUUUGGAGAAGUAUCUGAAGGUGAAAGCGAAGAAGAACAUGGUGGAAAUGCCAGGGAAUGGCGAUGUUCCGUUCACGCAUGCUAACGUGAGCGUUGCCAGCAGAGAAUUGGGGUAUAAACCUACAACGGAUUUACAAACGGGAUUGAAGAAGUUCGUGAAAUGGUACUUGUCUUACUACGGCUACAAUCAUGGCAAGGCUGUAAAUUGAAUUCUUUUUGAGGGGUAGUUUGGGAAUACUGAUUCUUUUUUAUCUUUUUUUAAUCCUUCUUUUCAUUUUGGAGGGAAGAGAGAGGGGAAGGAAGACGAAGAAAGAUGAAGAAGCUUCCUUCCCCUUCUCUGGCUUUUGGGGGUUUCUGUGUAAAGGAAUAGAUUUUUUCUGUUUCUGCCCAAUUCUGCACGUGCGUAUAUGGCACCACUCGUGUGUGAGAUGAUAGACGUUGGAUGGUUUUUUAAAGUGGGGCCUAUUGUGAAAUGUGAAUUUGCCCUGAAAUGAGGCUGUUCUAAAGUGUAAGGUGCGGCACGUGUGAAUGUGGACCAUUUAGUUA